AUUAAUCUUUUUUUUGCUCAUUUUUCUAUCGUUCGGGAAAAAGAUCUCUCGUGUAUUCUCUCUCGCGAAGAUCGCGUCGGGCUUUCUCUCUCUCUCUCUCUCUCUCUCUCUCUCUCUCUCGCGCGCGCGUCCUUUUCUCUCGCUCGGCAAACACGACGGCGAGACGGGCUCCGUUGCCGAGCGAGCGCGACAUCUUGGUUUUUCGAGCGGCCGCGUGCCGAGUUUUUACUCGCGCUAGAUUCGUUACUCAAUCUUCCUUGUGUUGCCGAUGACUCGAGCGAAAAGUCAGCAGUAGCCCUCUCCAUGCCUGUAAACCUCUCUCUCUCUCUCUCUCUCGUCCUCUGAAGAAGUUUUUUUAGUCGAAAAGCUCGCUUUUCGGACUGUGGAAGAGAAAAAAUCACGGUACGACGCAAUUAUUCUGAACUAUAAUCGUCGGCCAUAUUUUUCGGAGGAGAUAGAGGAGAGGUAACGAUGGACACGACCAUCAGCGGCGAGUCGGUGUGCGCAUGUAUAGAUGUGCGUACACGUCAUUGAACGUAUACGCCGAUGUACAUGGUGUGCACGUACACGCGCAGCUGUUGUUCUUGUUUGUGACCUCCCACUAUACUCCUUCGCCUUCGUCGCAGCUGCGCGCGCGCGCGCGCGCGUUAUCGACUCUGUGUGAGCCAGCUGUAAGUCGGUGUAAAGGCAUAGCCCGAAAACGGCGUGGCUUGAUUUUUCUCGCAGCCGAGGCUUCGUCGAUCGAUUUUCCGACAGGUGAAUCGGUCCUUCGCCAAGGAAACUUCGGAAAAUCCGCUCUGGUGUAGUGCGCUCCUGGUACUCGGUAUAUCUACUGUAUACCUAUAGGUAUAUAAGGCCACAGCUGUGCUUAUAUAUGCGAGUAUAUAUAGAUAUAGAUAGAGGACUCCAAGGGAACACUAUACCGCACGCGCGUCGUUGAAAUACAUACAUAGUCGCCGCGCCCGCGCGCAUCAGUUCGCAUUAGUCGGAGCCACAGAGGGAGAGAGAGAGAGAAAGAGAGAGAGGGAGAUGUUACUGCUGCUGACUAUCUCGGCUCGAGGAAAAUGUCGAAGAGGCCCUGAGGGAAAGAGAAAUCGCUGCUGCCGAUCGAUGUAACAGGUUAUGAUCGCGAUCGUCGUCGCGCAUUUGUUUUUCGUUCGUUGGCAUACAAAAAUAUAACAAGCCCGCUGAAAGAUGCCCUCUGAGUAACUUUGUCGACGUAUGCAAACACAUAUUGAGACAAACAAUUAUUGUAUGCGCCCAGCCCACGAGAAAGAGAGAGAGAGAGAAAGACGCCGCUGUAACGAAGAGGAGGAGAAGAAGGAGAAGGAGAGAGCGAAAGAGAUAAUACGAGUGAUUGUCUGUGGCAGCAUGUCGCCAUCGAGAGAAGCCAUCAGCAAGAUAUCGAGGCGAACAGACCCUGCCGCAGCUACGGCCCGGACGUAGGCCCCAUCACUUUUGUAUCUCUCGAGUGCGCACACUUGUAUACCUGUAUACAGCACUGUGUACGCGUGUGCACGUAUAGAUAUAUAUAUAUACGCACGACCCACGGGCGGAGUGGAUACCAGACGCCGCUGAUCGAUCCUUGCCCUUUUUAGCUCGACGAGGCUGGUUAAAAGAGCAGCCCCCUUUUUUAGUCGAGAGAGAGAGAGAGAGAGAGAAAGAGAAAAACGCACGAUAGAGCGUUAUGGCUCUCGAGAGUGUUUCCGCGGCUGAGACCGUUAUUCAGAGUAAUGACGACAAUGACUUGGAGGAUGGAGAGAUCCCUUCAGAUGAAGAUGAUGAGCCAAUGCGGGUUGCGGAACCCGUCAAACCAGCUCCGGAACCACCUAUUCCUCCACCAGCAAAGUCUGAAUCACCAAAGCACAAAAGCUUUGACAAUAAAUUUAGCAAAAGUAAAAAAGCUGGAAGUGCUGAGAAGUCAACUAAGCAAAAAGGUCCAACCAGUGAUGAUUGGGCAGGAGAUGUUGAAAAAGCCAUUAGAGCUGCCCUUGACGCAGAUAAGUCAAAAAAUCACGAAAACAAAUCCAGAAGCAAAGGCAAUAAAAAUAAAAACAGAAAAAGAAAUCGGGAAGAGAAGGAAGAUGAGAGGGCCAAGGACCAAAAAAAAAAGAAGUUAAGCGAUGAAGAAAAUGCCAAUGAAGAUGAUGAUGAAAUGUUAUUUGUAAGAGGUGCUUCCCCAUCCAGAAAGGGCUCCCAUGAAAAUACUUCUCCCAGGCGUGGUGAUCAAGACAAUUAUCAUAGUGGUUCAGACUAUGAUGAUCGGUCUUUGUCUAAUCGCCAUAGAGAUGAUAAUAAAAGAGGUGGAGCAAGAUGGACGAAGCAACAGCGCGAACAGCGUCAGCAAGAUCGUAAUAAUAAAGUCUCCCUCGCAGCUAAUCGAAGAGGUGUUAAAAACGAGCGGGGUGGAAAGAACAAAAACCGGGCACAAAUGCGCAACGACAGGAACGGUCGACGCCAAGGAAACGAUCACAAUCAGGACCCGGACGCGAUAUGUGUGUACUACAUGCAGGGCAAGUGCCAUCGGGGCGACGACUGCCCUUUUUCACACAACGCUCUACCGCCAAGGAAAAUGGAGCUCUGCAAGUUUUAUCUAAUGGACUGCUGCGCCAAGAGAGACAAGUGCCUAUAUAUGCAUCACGACUUCCCCUGCAAGUUCUUCCAUACAGGUCUCAAGUGCCAGGCCGGCGAGAAUUGCAAAUUCUCACAUCAACCCAUGAGCGAUCAGGUGAAAAAUAUUUUACUGAAACAUUUAGAGACUGCUCCGAAAGAGAUACUCGGAAACUUUCCUCGGCUGAGUAGAGAAGGUGCGAUGUAUCUGAUAUCCAAUACUGAGAAAAAUCUGGCCCAAGGUCAGGAGAUGUCAAAUCAAAAGAUACCGAGUCUGUUCGAGCUAAAGGUACACACACCAAAUGAUAACCCAUUCAACGAUUCUGGAAAAGAUGAUGAUGAUCAUUCUCACCGAGACAGACAUGGAUCAUCGCACAAGGAGAGGAAGUCUACAUUGGGCAAGAGGUCACGCUGGGGUCCCGAUGAAGAUCGCGUCCCGUAUGACAUGGUUGUGCAGUCGGCAACGCAACUAGGCCUGCUCGCCAACAGUCAGCAACAGGAUAAGCCGGCCGCAAACUUCUACAAUGAAGGUGGUCCAAACGACGCCAAGAAAGAGAAAGAUAAAGAUAAAGAGAAGGAGAAAGAGGAGUCAACGAAGAAGGCGAAAGACACGCCGGCUGCUAGUCUGAUCAACAAGGAUGUCGAUCUAAGGCAACUGAUAAAAGGUGCAGCGAAAAAGGCGAAAGUCGUCAGUCUCGCUGAGGAGGUAGCUAGUUUAACUAAAUCUAAGUUAGAUGAAGAGAGUGACCGUGAGGAGGAAACAGACCUUGUCAUCGAAAUGCCGGCCGAUGAUGAAGAGAAGGAUAAGCACACUAAUAAUGCGAAAGAAACAAAAGAAGCUGUAAGCGCUACAGUAGAAAGGCCGAAAGAUUCACCGGUUUCCGCAAGUCAGGAGAUCCCAUCCAACCUUCCAAAGAAAACCCAGGAGCUGUACAUGCGGAUACAGCAGCAACAAAGAGAAGCGCAAGACAGUUUCAAAAAUCUGGAGAACACCGAGAACCACGAAGUUAAUCAGGACGACUGGUACUCAGAUGAGGACAACGAUGAUGACGAUGAUGAUGACGAUGAUCAGUUGACAAUCGUAUUGAAAGAUAUUCAGAAAGAAGAGGAAGAGGAGGAAGAUAUAAAGAAGGAACCCGAAGAGGACUCGAUCCCGCAGCCGGCGAGUAUACCUCAGCCCGCGGCGAUUGUCGAUAAACUCGGUGAUUUAAGUAAAAUCGACAUCAGUAUGGAAGUAUCGAAGCUGCUGUCGUCGAUCAAGGCUCAGAGCUCGAGUAGCGCUAAGCAAGAUAAAGAAGCUAUCAAAGUUAAAAAGGAGACUGGUUUACCAAGUUCCCAUGUAGACGCCAUUAAGCCCAACGUGCCAGAGGUUCCGUCGCCGUACGUAAUGGCGGAUACCGGUAAUAAUAGUCCAAGAUUAUCACCCGGCAGAUCACCCGUUGUAGCGGCCCCACCACAAUCGGCACCUGUAUCUCGAGACCCACGAAUGAGCCGCGAUCCACGGCAGCGCAGAGAUGAACAGAGAACGUCCUCUUUGGGUAGUACUGGCAGCGACGUCUCUACUCCCAAAGUUACUGAUACUGCGAAAGACUCACGCUCCUUACGACUUGAAACGAGUAUCUACAGCUCGGGCAUCAUAGCUCAGGACACAACCAUGGAUACGGACCUUCGAGCCAAACUCGAUCAGGAUCACAGGAGAAAGGACAUGGACCUGCGAUGCUUCCCACCAACAUCGAAUUUUGGGGACACGGAUCUUCGUAUGGUUGGUGGUCAGUACCCUGAUGCCUCCAAGUCCGGUGAUGUCGACCUCAGGCAGAUGCUCAGUUUGCCUUUUAAACCGGUGCCCUCGCAUAUACCCUGUACAGAAAUCGAAGCGAGUUUGUCGUCGCAUCCGGCCAUCCCAUAUAAGGUGUACGUAGUCGACAUUCCAAGGCCCGACUAUACUGGUCUCAAGCUCACGCGAAACGAUCCGCAGGUAAAAUAUGACCCACGGUUGCGUAAAAUUUUCCGACUAGGCAAUGACGAUUUGGCUGACUCGCCUAUGUCGCCUCCUCCGGUGAAAAUGUUGGACACGCCGAAAUCGCCACCGCUAGUACGCACCGAUCCACGACGUAAGGCUCUUGAAGCCGCAGCUCAACCUCCUAAGAUCAUACCCACGACUUUGCAACACCCUGUCCAAGAGCAUUCAAACAUACCUGGUAUGGGCAUGGGCAUGUCCACUCCGUACAUGCAGGGCGUAAAUAAUAUGCCGGUGGACGCAAGAAGCAUGCAGGGCUUGGGUCCGAUGGGUCCCGUCCGUGGCAUGAGUGCAUCACAGGUGAUGGAUCAAUCGCAAGGCAUGGGUCCAGCUAUGCUGAUGUCCGGCAGCGCUAUGAUGGGUGGCAUGGGUUCGAUGAUGCGAGAUGGCCCCGUGAUGGGCGUUGAUCGCGGUGGACCUAUGGGAAUUGAUCGUGGCGGACCUAUGGGUGUUGAUCGUGGUGGAUCUAUGGGUGGUGAUCGUGGUGGACCUAUGGGUGUCGAUCGCGGUGGACCAAUGGGGGUCGAUCGCGGUGGACCGAUGGGUAUCGAUCGCGGCGGUCCAAUGAGCAUCGAUCGCGGCGGUCCAAUGAGCAUAGAUCGCGGCGGUCCAAUGGGUGCUGAUCGCGGUGGACCAAUGGGACCCCCCGGAAUGAGAAUGGGUGGCAUGGGUAACAUGAGGAUGGAUGGUCCACCAGGACCAAACCAUCCAAGGCAAGGUCAGAUGGAUCCAUACGAUCCACGUUACAAUUCUCAAGGGGGUGUUGGUGUCGGACUUCUGGGCGCCGGACCACAAGGUAUAGGUGGCUACAAUCAGGAUGUCAGAGAUGUAAGAGAUGUAAGAGAUGUCAGAGACGUAAGAGACGUAAGAGAUGUGAGAGAUGUCAGAGAUGUCAGAGGAGCUCCGUACGAUGGACCACCAGGCAGGGGUUAUCCAGGUGAUAAUUACAACAAUUACGGAGACGGGCCCAGAAGAGAUCGAAGAGACCCACGAGAUUACAAUCCGAACGGGCAGGACUUCAUCGAUGAACCAAAUUUCGGUGGAGGUCAAGGAGAUUGGAAUGGUAGCCAAGGCCGAAUGAACAGAAAGGAUAGGAGACGAACGACUCGAGGGAAGUUUGGUGGUCUGUCUAGGAAAAAGGACCCGACUUCGUAAGAUAGAACCGUAUAAAUUUUGAAUGUGCGUUUGACCGCGCAUAGUGUAUAUUUGUAUAGGAACCGUGUCUCUGCAUGAGUCGAGAAGCCGGAGCCGAGUUUCUCCACUCAGCAUGGACGUUUAAAUAUGCUAGGUGAUACUGGAUAUGCAAAGUGACUAUGUGCGUUUUCAGCUAAUGCAUAAAGCGAGUUGUCACUUUCAACAUUUCGUACGCUAUAUAAAAUUUUUGUUAUAUACCGGAUGGAUGUAAAGCACAUCAAGGACUGUUCUAUUAAAUUUUAUUAUUACAUGAUAUGAAUUUUAUAAAGCUGGAUGAAUUUAUUAAAACGUUUUCAUAAAGGGCAAUCCCGGAGUUGGUUGCUUAGGAGCUUCUCCAAUAUCGUAAUUAGAGAAUGAAUUUACUGUUUAAGGGACAUUGUGUAUAAUAUGAAAAUAUUCUUAAUUUUUGCGAAAACAUUAGGAAAAAACGUACAAAGGAAAUUUGAUCGCAUCAUUCGAAUGAGUAUUUAUUGUACAUAAAGGCCAUAAAAUGAGAGUUAUAUGAGAUUGUAAGUGUUGAUUGUCGGGAACAUUUGCUUGUGUUCCAACAAAGCACGGUUUAAGUAAAUAAAAGCUCGCCGAAUAAAAGUUUUUUUCUACA